UCCACACUAAUCUCUUCCAUUAAACAAAUGUCUUGUGUUUGGAGUAAGUAGUAAGUCUUACCUUCCUAAUCCUUCUUUCUGGUUUGGAAGAUCAUAAGAAAUCAACAACGAUGAAACUCGUCAAGAUAAUGAAUUCUGCUGCAACAACUUCUCUUGUCAAGGCAAAUAAUCCAAUUCCAAACAAAACCUUUCACCAGAUGCUUACUGUUAUCAGUUUCUCUGCUGUUAACCACAUUCCUAAGAACAUCCAUAGUAACAAAGUAGAUGCACCUUUUGCAACAACGAGCGAGGAGGCAGCUAAGGCGCAAAGCAGAAUAUUGGAAGAAGAUGAUAAAAAGGAGGACAAAUCUUACAAUAGAGGAAGAAGGAAGAAUGAUAUGGAAGAAUUAAGUGAAUUUGUAGCAGACAAAGCUGUGAAAGGAACAAAGAAUGCUGUUGAAACUGCUUUCAUUGUGGGAGAAAAACUAGCAGAAGGCAUGGAACAAACAUUUGGAAGCAUUAAGGAAGUUACUCGAAAGGUUAAAGACACUGUCGUGGGCAAUCAAACUGAUCACAAGGACCGACAAUCACAAGGACGCACACGUCAAAGUUAAAACUUUUUCAACAUUUUCAUGCUUUCCAAUUUUUUUGUUUUGAAAAAUUGUCGAAAAUAAUUUGACGUGUAUUUGCUGUAAUCUGAAUCAACACGCCCCAUCCUCGAACCAUCACAGCCCAUCCUUCCCUCUCACAAUGAGUACGCUGAUUUGAAAAUAAUCAAUAAGUGGGAUUAUUUAUUUAUAGACGAGUGAAGGUUGGAUUAUUGUUUGAUUUCCAUGGAUUUAUGUACAUUUUAGUGUCUAAGUUGGUUCAAAUGAAAUUCAGUUGUUUUAUGUUGUAUACUGUCUCAAUAAUCAUCUGUUAUAGUAUUUUGAAGACUCAAUCAUAAAUUUAAGACAAAGAUAGCUUAUUGUUGAAGUUAUGGAGCAUUUUAGAAGUGACUUAAAUAUGGUUUUAAUGAAGAAGUUAAAUGGCAUGAUGAAUGAGAUUAAUGAGCAAAGUUCCUUGAACGAGCAAUCAGAAUAGAAGGUUUAGCAUGAUCAAAGAAGCAACUAGUUCAAAAAAGGUUUAUUGCUGCAGCUGUGAGUAGCUCGAACGAGCAGUCAAUAGGCUUGAACGAGCGGCAUUGUCAAAGUACCUAGGAUGUUUUGGUCGAUUGAACUUCUUGGAACGGUUAUAUUUUGUAUCAAUUCAUAGCUUUAAGGAUACAUUACUGAUUAUGUAAUUACCCAUAUAAAUAGCUCAUUUGUAAUCGUAAAAAACACAAAUCCAAUGUCUUACAUUCAAUUGUAAUCUUUCAUUGUAAGAGUUGUUGAAACUCUAUUGUUAUAGUCCAAAUAGAAAUACUAUAUACCUCUGAGGACGUAGACGUAGUGAACCUCGUAAAUAUUUGUAAUUUUUAUUUACAUUUUAAUUUUCUUUUAAAAUUAUUAUUUUAUUGAAAGUGUA